AGACCUCAGCGUAAAGCCAUGCAGCCCUCCGAGAUCUUUGUGGGAUCCAUCGACCAAGGAACGACCAGUACCAGGUUCCUCAUCUUCAACCGUGACGGUGAGCCGGUAGCCUCACACCAGGUGGAGUUCCGUCAGAUAUACCCGCAUCCGGGCUGGCACGAACACGACCCACUUGAGCUGGUCAGCUCCGUGGAAACAUGCAUUGGCGAAGCCGUCAAGCAAUUCGAAGACAGCGGAUACACCCGUUCAAGCAUCAAAGCCGUCGGAAUCACGAACCAGCGCGAAACAACAGUGGUAUGGGACCACGAAACCGGCGAACCCCUCCACAAUGCCAUUGUCUGGACAGACACGCGCUCGCAGUCCAUCGUGGCCGAGCUGAAAUGCAAACCGGGGGUAUCGCAGCUCCAGGGAAUCUGUGGCCUGCCGCUAGCGACAUACUCCUCCGCCACGAAGCUGCUCUGGAUGCUGGCGCAUGUGCCCAAAGUGAAGGAGGUGUAUGAACGGGGCACCUUGGCGUUUGGGACUGUCGAUGCCUGGCUCGUAUAUCGUUUGAACGGUGGCGCGCGCGCCAACGUCUUUGUCUCGGAUUCGACAAACGCCUCGCGCACGAUGUUUGUCAAUCUGGAGUCGUUGCAAUACGAUGAUACUCUCCUGGAAUUUUUUGGGAUCAGGGGCAAGAUCCAUCUCCCGGCUAUUGUUCCCUCGUCAGACGCCAAAGCGUACGGCGCUAUUGCCUCGGGGGCCCUGGCUGAAGUUCCGAUCAUGGGAUGUCUGGGGGAUCAGUCGUCUGCUCUGGUUGGGCAGAAGGGAUUUUCGCCUGGAAUGGCGAAGAAUACGUAUGGCACGGGGUGCUUCCUGCUUUACAACGUCGGCGAGAAACCCGUUUUCUCGACGCAUGGCCUGCUAGCCACGGUGGCAUACAAUUUUGGUGGCAAGGCUGUCUAUGCGCUGGAGGGCAGUAUUGCCGUUGCAGGGUCAGGGGUUAUGUUCCUGCAGAAUAACUUGGACUUCUUCCAAGAGCCCAAGGAGGUCAACGAUCUCGCUCUUUCUGUGGAGGACAAUGGCGGAUGUGUCUUCGUGACUGCGUUCAGUGGCCUCUUUGCACCCUACUGGAUUGACGAUGCAAAAGGAACUAUAUUUGGCAUCACUCAAUACACCCAGAAAGGUCAUAUCGCGCGCGCAACAUUGGAAGCAACCUGUUUCCAAACUAAAGCAAUCCUCGACGCAAUGGAGAAAGACAGCGGCCACGCGCUAUCCGAACUAGCCGUCGACGGGGGCAUGAGCAACUCGGAGUUGGCAAUGCAGACACAAGCAGAUCUCAUCUCAAUCCCCGUUUACCGACCAGGGAUGCGCGAAACCACCGCGCUCGGCGCCGCGAUCGCAGCAGGUCUCGCCGUCGGAUUAUGGAGGAACUUCGCCGAACUGCGAGACAUCAACCGAUCCGGCGGAGCCGUCUUCGAGCCCCGGAUCACGCGCGAGGAGAGCGCAUCAAAGUUCAGGGAGUGGGAGAAGGCUGUGCGGAUGAGCAAGGGCUGGGUUGAUUCUGGGCUUGCGCAAGAAGAGAAAAGAGACUCGCCGACUAAUGGGCCGGCUACUUCAUUACCCGAGAGUCGUGGAGCUUCCACGCUCAAAGCUGUCAGGCAUCUGGACCAGAUGCCCUUGGUGUCCGAGGUUGUCAAAAAUGGUCACGCCGCCGCGACGACGGUGAAAGUGAUAGCGCAGGCGUCGAAUGGAGACGGCGAGUUCCCGCCGGCCAAGAUGCCGAUGAUAAGUAUUUCGGGGGAGCUGGAUGGUGCUGAUGAAGAGGAUUUGUUUCUGGAGCUUCGCAAGGUGGAGAUCCUGCAGAAGCUAAAGAAGCUGCAAAAGCUCAAGUUGAGCUACUACUGA